CCGGUCAAUCGGGUUCACUGUUAGUGAGCUGCGUCGUUUUGUUUACGAGUGCCGGCAAGUCGUCGUUAGCGCGCGCUUUGGACUUACAUACGCACAGGACACGUAAUAUUCCUAUUUGGAGUGUAUUACCUUCUUACCGUUAACUUCAACAUCACGGAUAGAAGAUUUUUUUUUUCUUUAACUUGUUAAAGAUGUGGAUUGUUCACAACUGAUUUCAGUUACACUUUAAGAAAAGCAUGUUGGAGAAACUAAUGGAGAAUCUGUCUUUCCACGAUGUUAAAGAGUUAAAGGGAAAAGUGACUCAAGUACGAGAACCUUUCGAUAAGCAGUACAAGGUGGGGCAGCUGCUGGGAAGUGGAGGUUUCGGAUCAGUCUACGCAGCUCAGCGCCUCUCUGACGGCUUACAGGUGGCAGUGAAAAAGAUCUCCCUGGAAAGGAUACAUCAGUGGGCGAGAACUCCAAAUGAACCUGGGCCCGUGCCAAUGGAAAUUGCCCUUCUGCAGCGUUUAUGGAGUGGUGGCACUCCUGCCCCUAAAGGCAUAAUUCGAAUGCUGGACUGGUUUGAGAUGCCCGGAGAUGGCUAUCUGAUUGUUUUUGAACGACCUCAAGCAUGCCAGGAUCUUUUUGACUUUGUUACUGACAGAGGUCCACUGGAAGAAUCUCUGGCAAGGAGGUUCCUUCAGCAGAUCACACGUGCUCUGCAGUACUGUCACUCAAGUGGAGUCGUGCAUCGCGACAUCAAGGAUGAAAAUAUUCUUGUUGAUAUGCGUACGGGAGAAGUAAAGGUUAUUGACUUUGGAUCUGGGGCUCUGCUAAAGGAUACACCAUACUCUGAGUUUGAAGGUACUCGAGUGUACAGCCCCCCUGAAUGGAUUAUCCAUCACCAGUAUCGGGCAGAACCCCUGACUGUCUGGUCUUUAGGGGUACUUUUGUUUGACAUGGUUUGUGGAGAUGUCCCUUUUGAGAGAGAUGAAGAGAUUGUUCAGGGGAAACUGCGCUUCACCAAGCGCAUUUCAGCAGAAUGUCAAUCUCUGAUUCGAUGGUGUUUAGCCUUUCAACCAGAGGAGCGACCAACUUUAGACCAGAUACUGUCCCAUUCGUGGAUGACUGCAUCAGCUGAGGAUGACGACUGUAUGCAGGAAUCCUGCGACUAUGCACCUAGUAAAGCGAGUCUUUGAGGAUAAAGGUUAACAGUGCUUGGACUUCAUUGAGCAGCAACCAAUAUCUUUUGGGCAACAAAAGUUAGCAACUGUUUAAAACUCUGGAGGUUUCACAUUACCUAAUGACUACUCUGAAACCGAUCUGAACUACUGGACAUUUAUAUCUUAUAAUGGAUCAUAAGAUACUAUGUGGUAUUUUUUCCUUAUUUAUUUGCCUUUGUUAACCAAAUUUUGUAAGUGAAGUGCCAAAUUCUCUAACGUUGGACAAAAUAGUUUGUGAGGAAUAUUAUUCCUAAAUUAUAUUUUCAACGUAACAUUAUUUAUUCUAGAAUUAACGUUCAUUUGUAAGCCUGGUUUUACAGGUAUUGGAAUGGGGAAUGAACUAAAGUGUCCCUUGUAUGUGUGAACAGUAUGUGUGGACUGAGCUGACUACAAAAGUUCUCAGUUCGAGAAAGUGAUGGUUUUCUGUAUCAAAACUUGGUAAAUUGUGGUUUAGUUCAGUAAAUUAUUAGACACAUUCCUAGAUCCAUAAUACUCUGGUAUUUGAAAGAAGACUGAAACCAAAGCUGAUUUGAAAGAUCAGUUUAAGCUGCAUUCCAGCAAUUACUGUUAUUCUAAAGCUCUUUACUGAGCGCAUAUCUUGAGGUUCCAGAUGCAUCCCACUGUAAACGAAGUAUAGUGCAAUCUUAAUGCAGUUUCAGAAUCAUUGGACGGGUUGACCUUCCAUGAUUAUUGGUGAGGGGAGUACAUUGAAAUGUAGCUUUUGCAUGCACAAAUUUGUACAUGCAUUGUGCCAAAUGUUUUGCGGUCUUUUAAAGGCAUAAUGUUUUUAAGCUUAAAUGUUUUAAAAUAUUCGAAGGACAGUGAGACCUAACUUUAACCCUUCACUGCUGAUGACCUUGAUGAACCAAUGGAAGCUGAAAUCCAUAAUGUUUAUAUGGAUAUGGUAUGUUCCAAAAAGGAAGCUUUCUACAUAUUUAAAUCUACUAAGCCCUUAGAGAGAACUGGAAACACUGUUAAUUAGAAUUUUCCAAUUUGUGAAUACAUUUCUGGUUAAAUAUAGUUUACACUUUUGUGACUAUUUAAAACAAUGUUUGAUAAGCAAAGAUAAUGGUACAUACCACAAGCAAUAUGUUCACAGUGUUGUUAUCUAAUAUGUUACUUACUA